CAGAGGAGCAGUUGCCUUGGUACCUGCUGCUGCCGGUGAAGGCGCGGAGCAUCGCACACGGGCGCUGUUGCGUGAGGCAGGAAAGCGAAAUCAUGACGUCCGUCAGUGAAAAUGUUCUCUUUGGAAUGGGAAAUCCUCUUCUUGACAUUUCUGCUGUGGUAGACAAGGAUUUCCUUGAUAGGUAUUCUCUGAAACCAAAUGACCAAAUCUUGGCUGAAGACAAACACAAGGAACUGUUUGAGGAACUUGUAAAAAAAUUCAGUGUUGAAUAUCAUGCUGGUGGCUCUACCCAGAACUCAAUUAAAGUGGCUCAGUGGAUGAUUCAGCAGCCCCACAAAGCAGCAACGUUUUUUGGAUGCAUUGGUGUAGAUAAGUUUGGGGAGAUCCUGAAAAAAAAAGCUGCUGAAGCCCAUGUGGAUGCUCAUUACUAUGAGCAGAAUGAACAACCAACGGGGACUUGUGCUGCUUGCAUCACUGGUGACAACAGGUCCCUUGUCGCUAACCUUGCUGCUGCCAAUUGUUAUAAGAAGGAUAAACAUCUAGAUCUGGAGAAAAACUGGAUGUUGGUAGAAAAGGCGAGAGUUUUUUAUAUAGCAGGAUUUUUCCUUACAGUUUCGCCAGAAUCAAUCUUAAAAGUGGCUCGUCAUGCUUCGGAGAACAACAGAAUUUUCACUCUGAAUCUGUCUGCACCAUUUAUUAGCCAAUUCUACAAGGAACCAUUGAUGAAAGUGAUGCCUUAUGUUGACAUACUUUUUGGAAAUGAGACGGAAGCUGCCACUUUUGGGAGAGAGCAAGGCUUUGAAACUGAAGACAUUAAAGAGAUAGCAAAAAAGACACAAGCCUUGGCAAAGGUGAAUUCAAAGAGACCAAGAAUUGUGAUAUUCACCCAAGGAAAAGAAGACACAAUAAUGGCUACAGAAAAUGACGUCACUUCAUUUGCUGUCUUGGAUCAAGACCAAAAAGAAAUUGUGGACACCAAUGGAGCUGGAGAUGCAUUUGUUGGAGGUUUUCUGUCUCAACUGGUGUCUGAAAAGCCUUUGACGGAGUGCAUCCGUGCUGGCCACUAUGCAGCAAGCAUCAUAAUCAGGCGGACUGGCUGCACCUUUCCUGAGAAGCCAGACUUCCACUGAAGGAAGAAAGCAAACUCAAGCCCGGGAGUGCAUACACUGCCUUGAUUACUUCCUGAGAAUUCCCUUAUUAAUAAAGGAGGAAAUCAUCUGCUAUCUUUUCCUACUAUGAUAAUACUCAUUCUUAAUUUAGGGUACAGUAAUGCUCAGUAGAAUUGUAGUCUCUCAAUAACUUACCAAAAUGAUCUUUAGUUCUAUAGUUUAUAGAGCCACUUAAAUAUCAAUUAAGUAGUAAUCUAAAAUUUCAAUAGAAAUUUUUAUUUCAUUUUCAAUUACUUUGUAAAUUCACAUGUAUUUAGAAAAUUAUUAAUUUUUCUACAUUUCUGCUUUGUAUGCAGAUGCAAUUUAAUAAUAGAUUUUUUUAAAGGAAUGAAUCCUGAUAUCAAACUUUUGCUUUUUAUAUAAGUAUGCUUAAUUUAGGAAUAUCUAUAUUUGUGAUAUAUGUGUAUUAUCACAAAUAUACAUGAUAAAUGAUCAAGUAAAUUAUAGAACUAUGUAUCUUGCCAAGUUAUGCCAAAUAAAUUCUUCAGUGCAUACUCAUGUAAUUAAUUUUGAAUAAUUACACAAUUUGCCAAAUUUUAAGUUGUAUUGCAAUACUCAAAUUAUGAUCCUAUACUUACUGUAAUUUAAUACAAAUAAAAACUUAAACUUUCA